UGACUUUUCUUUCGUGAAGGCUGCAACUGCAAAUUCUCCAGAGGAAAUGCUACCAACUACCUCUACCGAGCAGGGCUUCUCAAUUGAGGAGGCAACGGUGCGUGAUCUCCAACUUGCUUUCCAAAGAAACCAGUUAAGUUCUAAGGAACUAGUGGAGUUCUACUUAGAGCGAAUCCAAACACUUAACACAGACCUCAAAGCUGUUCUGGAGGUGAAUUCAGAUGCAGUAGCCCAGGCUGACAUAGCUGACCAAGAGAGAAAGGAUAAGCCACAUGGGUCUUUCUCUGCUUUGCAUGGAAUUCCCAUUUUAUUGAAGGAUAACAUUGCAACUAAGGAUAAGUUGAACACCACCGCAGGGUCUUAUGCAUUGUUGGGGUCUGUGGUGCCUAGAGAUGCUGGUGUAGUCACUAGGUUAAGGAAAGCUGGGGCUAUCAUAUUAGGAAAAGCCACUCUUAGCGAGUGGUCAAAUUUCAGAUCCAAUAAUGCACCCAGUGGUUGGUGUGCCAGAGGUGGACAAGGAAAGAAUCCAUACACCAAGGGUGAUCCCUGUGGGUCUAGUAGCGGAUCAGCAAUAUCAGUAGCGGCGAAUAUGGUGACAGUGUCCCUUGGCACUGAGACUAAUGGCUCCAUUUUAUGCCCUUCAGGUUAUAACUCAGUGGUGGGGAUCAAGCCAACAGUUGGUCUCACUAGUAGAGCUGGGGUUAUCCCAAUCAGCCCCAGACAAGACACAGUUGGACCAAUUUGCAGGACUGUAUCGGAUGCUGCCUGUGUUCUUGAAACCAUUGUAGGCAUUGACACUAACGAUGAGGCAACAAUUGAAGCAUCAAAGUAUGUCCCAGAAGGUGGCUAUUCUCAAUUUCUGAGGGAAGAUGGACUAAGCGGGAAGAGACUAGGAGUAGUGAGAUCAUAUUACAAUUUUGGAAAUGGUACUUUUAUGCACAAAACUUUUCAGCUACACCUAGAAACCUUAAGGCAAAGAGGUGCCCUUUUGGUUGACAAUUUGAAGAUAGAUAACAUCGUCGAAAUCAAUAUGGAUCAAAGUGAAGAUAUUGCUCUGGAGAUUGAAUUCAAACUAGCCUUGAAUGCAUACCUCAAUGACUUAGUUGCUUCCCCGGUGAGAAGCUUGGCCGAUGUGAUAGAAUACAACAAGAAUCACUCAGAACAGGAGAAUCUUGAUGAGUAUGAUCAUUUUCCCAAUAUGGAUUUGAGAAAUUAAUGAUAGCAAAUAAACUUGAUGCUGUGGUGAUACCUUUUUCAAGAUUUAGCAAAAUACUUGCUAUUGGAGGUUAUCCAGGAAUAAUUGUUCCAGCAGGAUAUGAAGAGGGUGUGCCAUUUGGAAUAUGCUUUGGAGGGCUGAAAGGAUCAGAGCCAAAGCUUAUUGAAAUUGCUUAUUCCUUUGAGCAAUCAACUAAGAUUAGGAAGCCUCCUCCAAUUCAUAAGUAAAAGGUUUAAUGUUAAACAAUGAUCUGUAUUGUGUGACCAUUAAUAAAAUCAAUACAAUGAUAUGGUUUGUGACA